AUGCUACCAGCUAAGACCCUCACUUUUUUUUCAACACUCAUUGCUCUAGCAUCGGCCACUCUACAUUAUCCAGACGUACCUUUUGGGAAUGGCACCAGGCCAGACGCCGCAGUUUACAACGUUCUUCGUUGCCUUCAAAUAGUUGGUAUAGCUAACUCGACAAUGGUCGGGAUGGCAACAGACGGGUUUUAUCAUUUGAAGUAUAAUAACUCGUCGCAGGCAAAAGACGCUAUGCUACAGGGCCUAACUGGAUGUACGUCGCUCUACGGACCAAAUGACAUGUGGGCGAGUACAGCUAGCGAUUACUACGAUAACGACGUGCAGUACUACGGUACUAUAGGUGAUUUAAUCACGAGUACUCCCGGCCUACCGGCUCCAGGCAGGUAUCAACCCUCAACGCUAAGCAAAACAGAGGCAACCAUCAGUAACGACACAGUGGUGAGAAGAGGCCAAGUGCAGGGGUAUUAUUAUGGUCUCAUGGCAGAAGAUAAAAGCUGUACCAACCAUGAGUUAUUCGUUGACGCCACCGACAUGUGCCAAGACAAUAACAUGAACUCAUUCGCGUCAUAUGUUGUCGAAAACCCCAAUAUCGUAACUCUCUACUACGAAUCCUGGCCUCACCAUAGAUGUUCUAAAGGUGACUCAAGGACCUUUUCCGUCCCAUCCAAAUCGAAGACAGCGUGCACUAAGCGCAAAGCUUAUUCGUGGUUCGGGACACUAUCAGGAGAUUCAUGCUAUACCUCAGAAUCGAAGCGGGUAGCGUGCGCGGCAUCAAACAUAGAUGAGUGGAACGCCGCUUUUAAGCUGAAUAAUAUCAUAGCUCAAGGCAAGUUUUGA